AUGGUCGAUAAACGACGAGAGUUAAAUUCACGAUUGUUACAAAUUGAAAGUAUCUCACCACCACCACUACUGCUGCCGCCACCUCUACCACCACCACCACCUCUACCACCACCACCACCACAACCACCACCAUUACCGCCAUCAUCUUCAUCGUCAUUAUCAUUAUCCUUUUCAUCCUCCUCUUCCUCCUCCUCGUCAUCAUCGUCAUCAUCAUCACUAUCAUCAUCAUCGUCAUUAUCAUCAUUAUCACAACAAUCAUCAAAUGGUAAUGUUUUAACGACAACUGCUCCUCUUCUACCGAAUAUGAGCAUAUUUCCUCCAACACCAGAACAAGCCAUAUCACCACCUGCUAUGAAGGGAAAAGAAAGACGACCAAAUUGUCAACGUUGUGCACAGCAUUCAGUAUUAGCUCGAUUAAAGGGACAUAAACGUUGUUGUCCAUUUCGAGACUGUCCAUGCGCCAAAUGUCAAGUCGUUCAAGAACGACAAAAACUUAUGGCUGAUCAGAUAAAAUUAAGAAGGCGACAAAAAAAGCAAAAAAAUUUGGAUGCAUUAAGCGAUAGCGACAAUUUGCGAAGUAAUAUAAGCUUUUCCGAGCAGCAGGGCACAUUAUUUAGUGCUUGUUUGAAAUGUGCCCAGCAAGCAUUGGCCUAUCAGCAAAUUUUAACAUUCAUCGACCCAACUGCAACCCUUCAGCCAUCCACAUUUUCAGCCAUCCUUGCAGCCUGUCCACAUAAUGAUAAUAAUAACAAUAAUAACAACAGUGACAAUAAUGA